AUGUCGCUCGAAGAGAAGCAGCACGAUGUUUCCACUCUGGAGAAGGUCGAGACGAAUGAGGUCUCGAGCAGUGGUUCUGGCCAGGAGCCACAGGCGAAGAACAAAUUGACGUUCAGCUUCUUCAUGACGAUGUUGGGGUUAUCGAUGGCCUUCAUCGUCGCCGAAGUGACUCCCUUAUUCCUCGUCACCUGCUUCACGGUCAUCGCAUACGAUCUCGACGCCAUCGACCAAGUCAUCUGGGUCAUUGUGGCACCGUACAUCGCUACCGGCGCUAUUGCGCCCUUUGUUGGAAGUUUGUCGGACUUGCUUGGCCGCAAGGGUAUCAUUUUGACCAGCUUGGCCAUGGGAAUCGUUUCCUUCAUCAUGCUCGGUGCAGCACCCAACUUUGCCGUCUUUCUCGUCGGCCAGGUCAUCUCUGGAAUGGCGAUUGGCAUUCAGCUUUUGACUAUCAUCGCCGCAGCUUCUGAAUUGGUGCCGGUUGCUAAGAGAGGCGCGACGAUUGGUUACAUCGUCAUUGGUUUCUUCCCAUUCGCCGCGGCGUCGCUCUAUGGACAAUUGAUCGCCUCGGUCAACUGGCGUUGGAUCUUCCUCCUCAUUGGUAUCUGGUCCGCGAUGUCUUUUGUUGUUCUGGCUAUCUUCUACAACCCACCACCUCAGCCAGCAUCUGUUGGGCUAUCAAAGAGGGAACUCCUCAAGCGCAUCGACUACAUCGGCUGUGCGCUUUCCAUCCUUGGAGUGGUCCUCUUCCUUGUCGGAAUCAACUGGGGCGGACAGACGUAUCCGUGGAAGUCAGUACAGGUCGUCUGCAUGCUGGUGUUUGGAAUCGUCACCUUGAUCAUCUUCGGCGUAUACGAGCGCUUCUUCUGCAAGUACCCAAUGUUCCCUGGAAGAUUGGUGCAGAAUAGGAGACACUUCAUCGCAGUCUCAGUACUGUGUUUGACCUCUGGUGUCAACUACGUUCCGUUGACGGUCUUUUGGACGAUUCAGACUUACAGCGUCUAUGGAGCCAGCUUUGCUCAGGCGGGUGUCUGGCUUCUGCCUUUGGGCUUCUGCAUUGCCGGUGGUGCUAUUAUCAGCGCCAUCUUGAUCACGGUCUUCAAGAGGCACAUCCAAUGGGUCUUGCUGAUCUUCUGCAUCAUCCAGACAGUCGGUAUCGCCUGCAUGUCACUCUUCGAUCGAAACGACAUAUCUACUGUCUGGGCCCCCAUGAUCUUCGGCCUCAUCGGCGUCGGUGCUGUCCUGCUCCCGUCCCAAGUCGUCUUCUCGGUCAUCUCUCCAACUGAUCUCAUCGGUACCAGCGUUUCGUUGUCCGUGGUCAUCAGGAUGAUCGGUCAAGUGAUCGGUAAAAGCAUGUUUUACAACAUCUUCAAACAGCAACUUACCAAAGAGGCCCCGGCAAUUAUCGGCCUGCCAGCUGUAUCGGCUGGUUUCUCAGAUAUUCCUCGGAUCACGAAGCUGGUAACGACCAUGACAGCCGGACCGCUGUCCCACUACCUCGCUCUAUUUCCCGAGAUCGACUCGCCGCAAGAUCUGGCUGUUAUCGUGGAAGCUGGGCAGCAGCUAUACGCCAAGGUCUUCCCGUUGCUGUACCUUGUGUCCAUCCCGUUUGGCGUGUUGGCUUGUCUCUCCUGUUUGGCGCUCUGGGGAAUUGACAAGUACAUGGAUGGCGACGUUGCCGUGCACUUGUGA